AAAAAAGUCUUGAUCUGAGCUGGUAAAGAAAGUUCAUGAUGUGAGAGGGCAUUACAUACUCCCUAGUCCCUAUGAACUGCUUACAAAUUACAAUAUCUAAAGUUGAGGUGAACUCCAAAUUUGUCAAGUUCAGAGAUGGGUUCUUUGACUGCAACAUUAUCUCCAAAUUCAUUUCAACUCCGGUUAGCUUUAAAUUGCAGAAAGCCUUCAACCCUGUUAGUACGAGUGUGUGUUGGGAAGAAGGAUUACAAUCACAGGCUGCAUUUACUCUUUCUCGGGGAGAAUCACCACGCGAGAAAUCGUAAUGGACUGGAAAGGCGUAAUUUUUUGGUUAAUUCGGUUACUCCGGAAGCUGAAUUCGGUGGAUGGUCUGAAGCUGAUGAAGCUGAAAGGUCGAUUGAAGCUCAGGAAAAGCAACCCAUUGGAGGGCUUCUGCAAGCAGGAGUAGCUGGCGUUGUACUAGUGGCUGGAAUAGUCUUUGCCACUCUAUCAAUAAGCAAACUGUGCAAGCCAAGAUUGAAGCAAUGCAUGGACCCUUUAACUACACAACAAGAAACGUCAGUCAUCAGUGAUAAUCACAAUGAUAGAGUUGAAUCAAAGAAUGAUAUACUCAACAAUAAAAUGCAAGGAAGUGACAAUCAAGAAACCAAUGCAGAUAUAUACAAUGAUCCCCUUUUACAUCCUGAAAACCAUGAUGGCAAUUCCCCCGCUAAGCAUGGUUCGCAUAAUCAAAUAGUGAGUGAUGACAAUUCAUCUGCAUCACCUGAUGUUGGAGUUUCUGACUCUUUUCGUCACUCAAGCUUUGGAAGUAAAGAUAUUAGUUUUGCUGGUAGAGAUCCAGGAUCAGUAAAUGAGCAAUAUGGGCCUUUUGGCGCAAACUUUGAUGACACAAAUGCAAUCCAUGUACCACAUACUUCCAGUUUAACAAAUCCAAGUAUGGAUAAGCAGGAAGGAGUUUCCGAUUUAGAUGAACCUGUAAACUCACAGUCUGCCUCUACGGUAGAAUCUAUGGUUGAGAAUGUUAACAUACAGAAUAUGGUUGAGGUUCCAGCUGAAGGAGACAAUUUAAAUUCAGAAGCCCGCGGAUCAUCAGGAAAAGUAUUGGAGGUCACUGUCAUGAAUCAGUAUUCUAAAGAACUAAAAGAAAACAUUUAUAAUGAUAACAAAGCAAGCGGAUUAAGCUACAACUCUUCAAUUUAUGAAGAAAUAUUUCCUUCUGCUGGCAUACCUGCUCCUUCUUCUGUGUCUGCAGCUUUGCAAACACUUCCAGGAAAGGUGCUGGUUCCUGCUGUCAUUGAUCAAAUCCAUGGUCAGGCACUAGCAGCCUUACAAGUUUUGAAGGUUAUUGAGGAUGAUGUUCGGCCCAGUGACCUUUGUACUCGCCGUGAAUAUGCUCGCUGGUUAGUUGCGUCUAGCUGUGCUCUAUCAAGGUCCACUGUCUCCAAAAUCUAUCCUGCAAUGUAUAUCGAGAAUGUCACUGAGCUUGCCUUUGAUGAUGUUACAAUUGAAGAUCCUGACUUUCCCUGCAUACAAGGCUUGGCAGAAGCUGGUCUCAUCUCCAGCAAGCUAUCAAGACGUGAUACACAGUCAUCUGCAGAUGGAGACCAAAGUCCCCUCUUCUUUUCUCCUGACAGUCCCUUGUCACGUCAGGAUCUUCUAAGUUGGAAGAUGGCCCUAGAGAAAAGACUGCUUCCUCUGGUUGAUCAAAAGACUUUGAAGCAACUCUCUGGAUUCAUAGAUAUUGAGAAGAUCCAUCCAGAUGCAUGGCCUGCUGUGGCAGCAGACUUAGCAUCAGGGGAACAAGGAAUAAUAGCUCUUGCAUUUGGAUAUACAAGACUGUUCCAGCCAGAUAAACCCGUGACUAAAGCUCAAGCUGCUAUUGCGCUUGCAACUGGUGAGGCUCAUGACAUUGUUGCCGAGGAGCUAGCACGCAUUGAUGCCGAUUAUAUGGCUGAAGAAGCUGUCACUGCACAGAAAGCUCUAAUAGCUGAAGCGGAGAAAGAGGUCAAUGCAAUUUACGAGAAGGAACUCUCGUUGGAAAGAGAGAAGAAUGAUGCGGUUCAGAAAAUGGCUGAGGAUGUAAGACAAGAAUUAGAAAGGAUACAAGCUGAAUGGGAGGAAGAAAAUCUUUCCUUACUGAAGGAGCGUGCUGCCAUUGAUUCAGAAAUGGAAGUCUUUUCCCGGUUAAGAAGUGAAGUACAGGAACAGCUUCAUACUCUUAAGACUAACAACUUGGAGAUCUCCUAUGACAAAGAAAGGCUCAAAAAGCUCCGGGAAGACGCUGACCUUGAAAGUCAGGCAAUAUCAAGGUUGCAAUACGAGCUAGAGGUCGAGAGAAAAGCACUGUCAAUGGCUAGAGCUUGGGCUGAAGAUGAGGCUAAAAGAGCUAGAGACCAAGCUAAUGCCCUGAAAGUGGCAAGAGAUCGCUGGGAGAAACAUGGCAUCAAGGUGGUUGUUGAUGAUGACCUACAGGAAGAAGCAAAUACUACACCUGCCAUUUGGCCAAGUGCUGGAGAGCAGUUGUCAAUAGAAGGAACUGUAUCUAGGGCUGAGAAUUUGGAGGACAGGCUUAGAGGAAUGGCUGAUUCAGCUAGGGGAAAAUCAAGAGAUACAAUUCACAGGAUAAUGGAGAAGAUACAUUUAUAUAUUUCCAUUGCAAGGGAGCUGGCACAAAGAGGAUUAAGGGAGGCUGUAAUGGUAAAAGACAAUGCCACAAAGAAGAUCUGCAUCUCUUUACACUCUGUGGAGCAUAAAGCUGCUGGAUUUGGGGAGGGAGUGAAGCGAUUCGCUGGAGAUUGCAAAGAAGGGGUUGAGAAAAUAUCUCACAGAUUUAAAACUUAAAAUCCAUCAAAUAGCUUAUACUCAGACGCCUAAAAUGACAGUGAUAUUUCUUAUAGCCAAAUAAACUCGGACUAGAAUCUAGCAGCUCUACUUUUUUGUAUGAUUUGCACCUCUGUGAUCAUAUAAUGUGGGAACAUAUAUAACAAGUAGGACGGAAAACAGUGAAACGUCUCUAAAAAGACAAACCUCCAGUCCUCCAGGAAAACUAACACAUUUCAACCUGUCCUCAUUUGUCACUAGCCCCAGCCCCCAGACAGCGCCCAGCUCAUAUGGGCAGCAAUUCUCAUAAUAAUAAUUUUAUCUAUUCAAAUGAAAAUGGUAUGUAUAAGUAUAAUGGUGAUGCCUUUAUGUGUAUAAUAUUAUGCACAAUUGUUACCACACAGCGGCAGCAUAUUAGCAUAUAAGGAC